AUGCCGUCUCCGUUUUUAAAUCCAAACCCCAUAGCGGGCCCAGACAGUCUCGCCCUACUACAGCUGCGACGCGACCAGCUCGUCCCAACAAUCCUCCGCGACCAUGACGACGAGAACCAAGGCUACUUCGAAGGCAAAGUCACCAACACCCGCUUUGGCUCAUUCCCGCAUAGCACUCUGAUCGGCAAGCCAUGGGGAUCCCAAGUCGUCGCUUCGAAAGUAGACACUGGCUCGCGCGGUCGCAGACCAACCAACAAGCGCAAGGCCGACGACCUCGACCAGUCCGCAACACCAACCGGGACAGAAGAGGAGACCUCAAAGCCAGCUCUGCGAGCGCCCGUCGCCGCUGACAGUGGCUUCCUGCAUAUUCUCGCCCCAACACCCGAAGCCUGGACCCUCUCUCUUCCGCACCGCACGCAGGUCGUGUAUACCCCGGAUUACAGCUACAUUCUCCACCGACUGCGCGCACGACCGGGAUGCACCGUGAUCGAAGCCGGAGCUGGUAGUGGAUCAUUCACACACGCAUCCGUGCGCGCCGUAUUCAACGGAUAUCCCGAGACAGAGCAGGCGACGAAAAAGCGCCGACUGGGAAAAGUGUGCAGUUUCGAAUUCCAUGAACAGCGCGUCGGAAAAGUAAAGGAGGAAAUCAAAGAUCACGGUCUAGAAGAUCUGGUCGAAGUUACGCACCGCGAUGUUUACGAGGGUGGUUUCCUCUUGGGCGAGCCUCACACGGGCAGGUCGCCUAAGGCUAAUGCGAUUUUCCUUGAUCUACCUGCACCCUGGCUCGCGCUGAAGCAUCUAGUGCGCCACCCGCCUGCUGGUCAAGAAUCAGCCCUCGACCCGGAAUCACCUGCCUAUCUGUGCACUUUCUCCCCAUGUCUCGAACAGGCAGAGCGUACCAUCCGCACGAUGCGCCAGAUGGGAUGGCUUAAUAUUUCCAUGGUGGAAGUUGCGCAGCGACGGAUCGACGUGAAGCGCGAGCGCGUGGGUCUAGAAACCGAAGGCGAGCGUGGAUCAACUAUAUUCCCGCAGACAGUCGAGCAAGCUGUCGAGAAGCUCCGCACCGAUGAACAACAUGCCAAGGCUGUUCGCGAGAACCGGUCAAAUAGGGGUCUUCCGGAAUAUGAACCCAUCGAGAAGGCCGAAUCAACCUUCCCAGAUAGUGAUUCUGGGUUACCCAAAUACGCGCAGGGCCGCUUGGUGCAUCGGUCUGAGCUAGAGCUCAGAACGCACACCUCGUACCUGACCUUUGCCAUCUUGCCUCGGGAGUGGAGCGAAGAGGAUGAGAAGAAAUGCAGGGAGCAGUGGCCGUCUGCGAAGGUGGCUCAACCUAACAAAGAGACGAAGCCUAGCAAAAAGCAAUUGAAGCGAGAAGCCGGGAUGGAGCGGGCACGAAAGCGCGAGGAAAAGGCAAAGCAAGAGGAGCAGGGCCAAGCUGAACCCAGUAUCAAGACUGAGGAUGCAUCUGAAGUGACUGCCGAGGCAAAGCAAGAGCAGGCCCAGGAUGAACCCGUGAUUAAGACUGAGGUUAUUUCUGGAUGCUGA